AUGGAUGAACUGCUUAGCGACUAUGGGUCUGCACGAAGGACGCUUGUGGGCAACUUCAUCAAACGCAGCAGGAUAGCGGUGGCUUACAUGUGCUUUGAAAGGGCAGAAGUUAUUCGCAGAUCCUUACCAGCUGUUAUGAGAAGUGAUGGCGUGGAGAAUUUCGACAUUUUCAUUUCUCAAGAUGGAGGAGCCGGUUACGCUAUUGAUAAGGACGUGCACUUUCCAGAGUCAGCCAGGAUUGCUUACAUCCGACAUAGGGCGAACCUUUGCACCGGUCUCCACCACCACUUCGUGAAAGCGUUUGCUUUUGACAUCAUGGGUUAUGAUGGACUUAUUGUCGUAGAGGAGGACAACGUCGUGCAUCCACAGGCGCUGCAGUUGCUCGCUCGGAUGAUUGACCUCUCAGUCGAUCAGCCUGACGUUGGCAUCGCCAGUCUGCUUGACAUGGACAACUCAGCAUUCCUCGACGCAGCAAAGUUCGCAGUGGGGAUAAACCCAGUAAAUGGAUCCAUGGGGCAUCUUUGGGUUUACGGCUUCCACAAGUCGCGAUACACUGCCGUACGUCAGGACCUGUACGACUACUUCAAUACGAUUAAGGGCCAGGACUACCGCUUGAAGCACGAGCCGCCGCUCUCUGACAAAAUUAAAGCCCUGAUGGCGUCCAAAGGCUUUCCAGCGGAUGGUGAGCUCUCACAAGACCGGUAUUUCAUCUACUCCCUGGCUAAGCGCGGUUUCAAGCGCCGCUACCAAACCUUGUUCCGAUUUUUCGAGCCAAUCGGCUAUUUGGGUCUCCAUCACCGGCAUACAGAGGCGCAGUUCUUCGCCGUUUUCGGACGGGGCAUGUUCAAUGGACGCAUCCGCCCUGAGGAUGCCUUUGAUGUGACCACAGAGCCUGUAAAUCUCGAACUCAUCAAGGCCGGUGUGCGGGAACGAAUCAACCGCGUAUGGCGGCGCUACUUUCCGGCUGAUGUGCACGAGCCGCUUGUGGUCAACACAUUUAAUUCUCUCAUGGAGGGCCGCUUGAAUGGCGUGGAGGCGAUGACGGACAUCCGUAAUGCGGGGAUUAAAGCCACAGCGGGCUCGAGAUUAGGGCAAUAG